AUGUAUGGGAAGUGUGGGAGCCCGGUGGAAGCUCGGAAGGUCUUCGACUCCAUGACGGCUAGGAACAUGAUCUCCUGGACUUCGAUGAUCGUGGCCUACGCUCAGCAUGGGAAUCCACAGGAGGCUCUCAACCUUUUCAAGAGGAUGGACGUGGAGCCGAGUGGUGUGAGCUUCUCCAGUGCUCUCAAUGCCUGUGCACUGCUGGGAGCUUUGGACGAAGGCCGAGAGAUUCAUCACCGAGUUGUGGAAGCCAAUCUCGCGUCCCCGCAGAUGGAGACUUCCUUGCUCAGCAUGUACGCGAGAUGUGGAAGCCUGGACGACGCGAGACGCGUGUUUAACAGGAUGAAGACGAGAGACGCCUUCUCUUGCAAUGCGAUGAUCGCCGCCUUCACACAGCACGGUCGUAAGAAACAGGCACUCAGGAUUUACAGGAAGAUGGAGCAGGAAGGUAUUCCAGCCGACGGAAUCACGUUCGUGAGCGUCCUGGUUGCUUGCAGCCAUACUUCACUCUUGGCUGAUUGUCGAGAUUUCUUCCAGUCUUUGGUGAUGGACCACGGAGUGGUACCAUUGGUGGAGCACUACCUUUGCAUGGUGGACGUUCUGGGCCGCUCGGGAAGACUGGGAGACGCCGAAGAGCUGGUGGAAACUAUGCCUUAUCAAGCAGACGCAGUGGCCUGGAUGACUUUACUGUCGGGUUGCAAGCGCCACGGUGACUUGGAUCGUGGCGAGAGAGCCGCCAGGAAAGUUUUCGAGCUAGCACCGGCAGAGACUCUCCCUUACGUCUUCCUCUCCAACAUGUACGCCGCUGCCAAGCGAUUUGACGACGCUCCAAGAGUCCGGAAGGAGAUGGAGGAGCGCGGAGUGACGAGGCCAGUGGCAGUAAGCUACAUCGAGAUUGACAACGAGCUACACAUGUUUAUGGGUGGUGGUAGAAACGAGCAGCAGGAGGGUCACGACGGCCGGAAGAUGGAGAGGGUCCGGUCCCUGCUGCUGGAACUUUUAGAGCCCAUGAAGCAAGCUGGAUACGUCCCCGACACGAGUGAAGUUUACUUGGAGCAGCAGGGUGGCACACGCGAGGAGAAACAACGUAGCCUGUGCUUCCACAGCGAAAGACUUGCCAUCGCCUACGGACAAAUCGCUGCCAAAGAUCCAGACGAUUCUCGUCCGCUGAGAGUCGUCAACAGCCACCGGGUGUGCUCCGACUGCCACUCUGCGAUCAAGCUCCUCUCAGAUAUCACUGAGAAGAGGAUUUUUGUGAGAGAUGGGAACCGGUUCCACCACUUUGAGAAGGGAGCCUGCUCGUGUGGGGAUCACUGGUGA